AGGACUACCCCCUGCAAGCAUGGCACUGCUGAAAGUCAAAUUCGACCAGAAGAAGAGGGUCAAGUUGGCCCAAGGGCUUUGGCUCAUGAACUGGCUCUCCGUGUUGGCUGGCAUCAUCAUCUUCAGCCUCGGGCUAUUCCUGAAGAUCGAACUCCGGAAGAGGAGCGAUGUGAUGAAUAAUUCAGAGAGCCAUUUUGUGCCCAACUCCUUGAUCGGGAUGGGGGUGCUGUCCUGUGUCUUCAACUCUCUGGCUGGCAAGAUCUGCUAUGAUGCCCUGGACCCUGCCAAGUACGAUAAGUGGAAGCCCUGGCUGAAGCCGUACCUGGCCAUCUGCGUCCUCUUCAACAUCGCUCUCUUCCUCGUGUCCCUUUGCUGCUUUCUGAUGCGGGGCUCGCUGGAAAGCACCCUGGCCGACGGGCUCAAGAAUGGCAUGAAAUACUACCGGGACACAGACACUCCUGGCAGGUGCUUCAUGAAGAAGACCAUCGACACGCUGCAGAUUGACUUCAAAUGCUGUGGCAACAACGGCUUUCGGGACUGGUUUGAGAUUCAGUGGAUCAGCAACCGCUACCUGGACUUUUCCUCUAAAGAAGUCAAAGAUCGUAUCAAGAGCAACGUGGAUGGGCGGUACCUGGUGGAUGGUGUCCCCUUCAGCUGCUGCAACCCCAGCUCGCCGCGGCCCUGCAUCCAGUACCAGCUGACCAACAACUCGGCACACUACAGCUAUGACCACCAGACCGAGGAGCUCAACCUGUGGGUGCGCGGCUGCAGGGCUGCCCUGCUGAGCUACUACAGCAGCCUCAUGAACUCCAUGGGUGCUGCCACGCUUCUCAUCUGGCUCUUUGAGGUGACCAUCACCAUUGGGCUGCGCUACCUGCACACAGCACUGGAAAGCGUGUCCAACUCCGAGGACCCAGAGUGUGAGAGUGAAGGCUGGCUGCUGGAGAAAAGCGUGCAGGAGACAUGGAAGGCCUUCCUUGAAAGCUUGAAGAAGCUGGGCAAGAGCAACCAGGUGGAUGCCCAGGGCGAGGAUACAGGCCAGGCCCCAGAGGCCGGCUGAGGGCCCAGGGACCUUCCCUUCCUGAACACUGAGAA